AUGUAUGUGCCUUUCCAUCUCCCAAGCUCUCUGGAUCCCUUAUUCGGCUACUUCGUCGAAUCCUUCUUACACGCGGCCGCGUUGGUCGACGCGUUGCUCGGAGAGACAAUCCUCCUCCUUCUUACACUCGACCGCGUUUGCUCAGACCGACCCCCUUACUCGGAGACAAUCCCGUGUACGAAGACGGCGGACGGCGGCAGGAGGAAGAGAACAAGUAGUUGUUGUGCAUUUAUCACGACUUCCAGAAGCGUUGACGGAAGAGGAGUUGACGGGAGAAGCGUUGACGGAGAAGGUGUGACCCGGAGACGGGGUGACGCAGACGGGGUGACGCAGCGAAGCGUUCACGGAGAACGCGGUGACGGAGAAUCGUUGACGCAGAAGGGGGUGACGGAGAAGGCGUUGACGGAGAAGAGCGUGGACGGAGAGAGCGUUGACGGAGAACGUGUGACCCGGAGACGGCGUGACGGAGAGCCGUUGACGGAGAGGCGGGGUGAAGACGAGGCGUGCACGGCACAGGCGUUGACGGGAGAGGCGUUGACGGAGAAGGCGUGGACGGAGAAGCGUUGA